AUGAGUUCAAUGGAAAUUACUUCCAGCACACCAAGAAGACCAGAUCAAUCGGACCCCUCCUUCGGACAGAGAGCAGCUUCCCCAUCCCCCAAACCGGCUGCUCAGACCAGCGAAAGCACAAGAGAGAUGAGGAGUCAUGGGCAGACCCCCCAACAGGCUGAUGGGCCGAGGAGGACACUCCAAGUGGACAGCAGGAGCCAGAGAACAGGGCGUUCACCGUCUGUGUCACCAGAUCGAGGCAGCACCCCUACCUCACCUUAUUCUGUCCCACAAAUUGCACCCCUUCCUAGCAGCACACUCUGUCCUAUAUGCAAGACAACAGAACUCACCUCCUCUCCCAACCAGCCAAACUUCAACACCUGUACACAGUGUCACAACAAGGUCUGCAACCAAUGUGGAUUCAACCCCAACCCUCACCUGACUGAGGUGCAAGAAUGGUUAUGUUUAAAUUGCCAGAUGCAGAGAGCUUUGGGGAUGGACAUGACCACUGCGCCCCGUUCCAAAAGCCAGCAGCAGCUACAUUCCCCGGCACUUUCACCUUCCCAUUCCCCAGCCAAACAGCCACUGCCCCAUGUGGCACCAGGACCAGAGAAACAACCAGGAACUAUGCAGCCAGGCCCCAGGCCAAGUGCUGGUGUCAUGCAGCCUGAGACCCCCAAACCACCCCCAGCUUCAGCCCAGAGGGAACCACCCAGCCAAGCCCAGCCAAAACCUGCUGCUCCUCAGGAAGUGGUGAGGUCUUCCCCUCAGCAUCAGCAAGCAAAGCCUUCGUCCACUGAUCAGAGAAAGACUGUGGGAGACUCUCCAGCUAAGACUCCGGCCCCUGCCCCCAGUGCUGGGGCGCAAGAGCAGCCCCAAGAGGGCCUCACUGGUAAACUCUUUGGAUUUGGGGCUUCCCUCUUGACCCAGGCAAGCACACUCAUGUCUGUCCAGCCAGAGGCCACCCUACCAAGUCAGCAGUCCCCUGGCAAAGUGCCUCCGAAAAUUGUCUUCAGCGAUGCCAGCAAAGAAGCUGGUCCUAAAGCCCCAGGCACCACACCUGGAAUGCAGGGUAAGGCUGGAACUGUCCCGGCUGCAAAGCAAGCAAAAGCAGAACAAGUAAUUAAGCCAAAGGAAGUGCCGAAAGCAAGGGUCUUGUGCCCCCUCUGUAAAGCAGAGAUCAACGUGGGCUCCGGUGAACCCUCCAACUAUAAUACCUGUACAUCCUGUAAGCAGCAGGUCUGCAACAUGUGUGGAUUCAACCCAACACCUCAUUUGGUGGAGAAAAAUGAAUGGCUGUGUUUGAACUGCCAAACUCAGAGGCUGCUAGAAGGAAGCCUAGGAGACCCUGCUCCAAUGCCACUGCCUGCUCCAAAGCAACAGCCAACUGGAUCCCCUCGACACCAACCCGGAGGAAUUGGUCAGCAACAGAGAGGAGCUCCUCAGCAACCUGAAAUGUCAGCUCCUCACGACAGGCACCUUUCACAAGCAAACCAUCUCAGGACUUCAGAACCGAGCAAAUUACCAACCACUGUCCAAGACAGAAAGCCUCCUGCUCCAUCAGAAGGAAAGCCACUGCCCAAACUACCCGAAGAGCCUCCCAAAGCUUCUGAAAGUCCAUUGCCAAAGCGGAAAACUAUGGCCACAAAACCAGAAGCGGAUAUCAAAGACAGCACGACCGUAUCUGAGUCUCAGAAAACACGAGAACAGGAGGAAUCCAGUAAGCCUUAUCCACCAGACCUGUCUCGUAGCCCUCAAAGCUUGAGUGACACUGGCUACUCAUCUGAUGGCAUCUCCAGCUCCCAGAGUGAGAUCACGGGCUUAGUGCAGCAAGAAGGAGAACAACUAAACGAAACUGGAAUUGUAGAGCCGAGCCCUCCAAGUCCUUCGGAACUCACUAAGCUGGAAAGCAGCAUGCGGCCCCUACUGGAGUCCAAGGGGCUGGCCCAGGAGCCAACAGACAGAGGUAAAACAUACCACGAAUUACGAGAGGAGCAGAGGGAAAGGCAGAGGCCACGGUCCCUUUCGAUCACCCCGGAAGCCUUUGAUUCCGAUGAGGAGCUAGAAGAUAUCAUGGAAGAAGAUGAAGACUCUCUAGAAUGGGAGAACCAGAAGGAGCAGAGGGACAGCAUGGAAUCUUCAGAUGACUUUGGCAGCAAGCUACGCCACGACUACGUGGAGGACAGCAGUGAAGGAGAGUUCUCCAUCGUACCAACAAGGCAGAAAAGCAAAGAGCCUGCAAUGACCGACGAAGAGUUCAUGAGAAGGCAGCUCCUGGAGAUGAGCGCAGAGGAAGAUAACCUGGAGGAGGAGGAGGAAUACGAUCGUGUAAAAUACAGCGUUGCAAAAAAUGGGCACAAACCCGACUCGGACAAAAGCAGGGAGGCCGCCUUAUCCAAGAGACGCCUGCCUCACAGCUCCGGCAGCAUAUAUGAGGAGGAAAGAAAAGAGCUGGAAAGUACUGAGGGGGAAGACAUGGCUGCAUCUCAGGGAGGUUUGCGGCGUUUCAAAACCAUUGAGUUAAACAGCACUAACAGCUACGGCAGAGACAUGGAGAUCAGCCAAGAGGCAGACAUCAGCCUGGACAGAGAGCCUGAACUGGAGAUGGAAAGCCUGACGGGAUCCCCAGAAGACAGGUCAAGAGGCGAAUAUUCUUCCACCUUGCCAGCAACAACACCCAGUUACACAUCAGGAACCUCCCCCACCUCCAUCUCUUCCCUGGAGGAGGACAGCGAUAGCAGCCCUAGUCGCAGGCAGAGGCUGGAGGAGGUCAAGCAGCAGAGGAAAGCCCGGCAUCGCUCCCACGGACCUCUGCUGCCAACCAUAGAAGAUUCCUCUGAGGAAGAAGAGCUGCGGGAGGAAGAGGAGCUCUUACGAGAACAGGAAAAAAUGCGAGAGGUAGAACAGCAGCGCAUCCGAAGCACGGCUCGGAAAACAAAGAGAGAUAAAGAAGAGCUGAGGGCACAGAGGAGGAGGGAAAGGUCCAAAACGCCACCCAGCAAUCUGUCUCCCAUCGAAGAUGCAUCACCCACCGAGGAACUGCGUCAGGCUGCAGAGAUGGAGGAACUGCACAGAUCUUCCUGUUCAGAAUAUUCCCCUUCCAUUGACUCUGAGGCAGAGGGGUUUGAUGUCAUUGCCUCCAAGCUGUACAAGUCUGGCAGCGAGUACAACCUCCCAACAUUUAUGUCCCUCUAUUCUCCAACAGAAAAAACGGCUGGCUCUGGUUACCCCUCCAACAAGCCCCUGAAAAGUGCGGAAGAAGCUUAUGAAGAGAUGAUGAGGAAGGCAGAAAUGUUUCAGAAGCAGCAGCCAUCCCAGCAAAGCGUCUCCUACAGCAACACCUUCCAGCAAGUAGGCUACCGUGGUUCAGAAGGCCAAAAUAACUUUGAAUACCAAUACAUAGACGACUACAGCUAUGACGGCCGGAAUUUAGACUCCUCUCAAGCAGACUAUCAGAACGAGCUUUCCAAAUCUGGGGCAGUUUAUGAAGAAAUCCUUCAGACAUCACAGAAUAUCUCCAGGAUGCAUCAAUCCUCUUCUCUGGAUUUGACCCUUGAACAGGAAGCAAAAAAGAAAGGGAGAGAAGAUGCUUAUCAAGAAAAGCAGUUUCUGAAUGCAGAGAGUGCUUAUGAAAGUGGCCCACUCACUCCUGGGACAAGCCCAACCCAGUUGUCUGCUCCUGUCUCCUUUUCCUCCACUGAAAGCAGUGCAGGCAGAAUAAUCCCUGAUGUUCGAGUCACUCAGCAUUUCGCAAAGGAGAGUCAGGAGCAGCCCAAGCUUCAUAGCUCGCCCACAGCACCUAGUUCAGUUUCAAAGAGCGUAACAACACCCUACACAUACGCUAAAGGAACUAGCACCAUCACCACUGUUGUUUCCAGUCCUGCAAGUGCACCACGAAUCUACAGCUCUCCAACUUCUCUGAGCGGCUCAGAUGCACCAUCCAUGUCCACUACUAGCCGAAGUUAUAGUCAAACAAAAGUAACGGCCAGCUAUGGUUGUCAAACAGAAAAUAUUUCCAGGGUCAGGAGCGUUGCAGAGAUUAGUGGGCCGUCAGCAAGAGAUAAACUUCAAAGCAUGACUGACAAGUCCACUGCACCCAUGUCAACACCUAAAACAUAUUCCUACUUCAAAAGCUCAAGCCCUCCGCUUUCCCCUUCUUCUCCUACUCAGAGCCCCACCCAUUCUGUUCCUAGAGCUGGGGUGCCACCCAGUUCAGGGAUGGGGGCUAAAUCAACUGCAGAGUUUUCCACCCAAACCCAUAGCCCAGUUCUCGCCUACGAUGCCCCCACGACUACCGCUAUGUCAGCCUCUUCUCCGAUGGUAGCUCAAGGAACACAAACUCCCUACCGAUCAAGUUCCCCUCGCCUUGCUCGGCAACAAUCAUCACAAGAAUCUCCCUUUAUGGUCAUCACAUUAGCAGCAGAUGCAGCCAUUCAGACGAAGCCGAUUGGCGUAAGUUCCUCCAUUUCACCAGCCUCCUCUCCAACUCGGCAAGGUCGCCAGCAUAGCUACAGUCAGACAGUAAUGCAUGCAGCGCAACUCCAACAAGAGCAGCUGCAGCCCACUUACACAAAGACCCAAUCAGCACUCGAAAGAGCCUCUGGUCCUAGUGCUGCAAUGCAGAAAGUGCAAACAACUGCUGCCGACAGCAUACCUGGUGUGUACAGCUGGGGAACGCUGCCUGCAGAGAACAUUUCUUUGUGUCGGAUAUCAUCGAUACCUGGGACAUCCAGAGUAGAACCUGGACCCAGACCAGUUGGUAGUAAUAUUGUAGAUCUGCGGACUGCAAUAAAGUCAGCUCCAAUCAUUAUAACAGACCAAGGGAUGGAUCUCACAUCCCUAGCUACGGAGAGCAGAAAAUACUGCCUCACUAUGGACCAGUCACCGAGUCGGCAGUCCAGCACCAUCCAACCCUUAAUUAUCAACCUUAAUGCCCAGGAACAGCCCCAUGCUAUCAUAAGCACAGCCACCACAGUCAGCAUCACUGUUGCAUCUUCCAUGCUUGUGUCUCAGCCAAAGCAUCCUGCGAUCUAUGGAGACCCUUUCCAGAACAGAGUGGACUUUGGUCAAGGGACGGGGAGUCCUGUCUGCCUGACACACAUUAAGCAGGUAGAACAAGCGGUUCAGACUGGUACCUUCAGAGGAGUUGCGAGCAGCACUGGAAUUUCUGCUUCUGCGGGCCGUCCAGAAGCCACAGGUCCACAGCAAGCGAAAUUUGCAAGAUACAAUUUGCCCAACCAGAUGACAUCCUUGAUGAAAAAAGAUGCCCUGAUCACUCAGACCAACAAUGCACAGAAUAUUGUGAGUGCCAUUCCCCGACCGUUUCCUCAGGACCAAAGUUCAGAGGUGUAUAGAGGGAUCCCAGUGGAACUGAAAACUCAGACGCCCCCAGUCACCAUUGGGACUAAGAAAUCCCAGGUUAUGAUGGUGCAGAUGGAUGAUAUUGCAGUAGGCCCUGUCACCAAACUCAUCAAAGAGGAACCUCCUCCCAAUGCCUUGGAUCUCACAGGGAUGAAGCCUGAAAGUCAAGUAGCAUGCUGUGACGUAGUGUACAAAUUUCCCUUUGGAGGCAGCUGCACUGGGGCUUUUAACCCUUCUUCCAAGGUGCCAGAGAAAAAUGUUGGGGAUGCAGCAAGUGCUGACAAGCCUAGUGGCCAGUACUAUGGCAGCAGAGAACAGGAGGUGGUAGAGGCAUAUCCUUAUCGAGAACAAGCAGCACCGGGGCCUAACCCUUACGAGGAACACAGGUUCUAUCCUCAUGGCCUGUUUGGGAGACUGUAUUCCUCAAUGUCAGAUACAAACCUUUCUGAAAUGGGCUUGAACUAUUACCCAGUUAAGGGAGGGCAGCCCUUCAAUGCUCCUGCUGGGGAUUCCGCUGUGGAUCUGACCACCAUGAAACCUCCAUACAGCCACAGCUUCACCGACGGAAGCUACAUGGGGCAUGGAAUACAGUACGGCUCUUUCUCUGACCUCAGGCAGCCCAAUGACUUGCUGAGCCAUUCCUACCCAAUGCGGAGGUAUAACUCGGCCUCCAAUAUCUACUCUGACUACAGGUAUUCGCUAAGAGGGGACCUGGCAAAUUUCCAGGAAGCCAGCCUGGCUCAUUAUAGCGCCACGACAGCUCGCGAAAUCAGCCGAAUGUGUGCAGCACUCAACUCUAUGGACCAGUACGGGGGCCGGCAUACGAACAGCUCAGAUCUUCUCCAAUAUGGACAGUAUGGGCCAGGAGGGGGCGGAGGCAUCUCGGCCCAGCAGGGUGCCAUGAAAUCAAACAUGAUGUACAAGCCAAAUUUUCCAGAGUCUGGCCAAGGCUAUGGAAACCUAGCCCAGUACAACCUCUCCAGAUUUGGAGCUGUCAGACAGGGGCUCCCUUCCACAGCCACCGUACGAGCUGCUGAUGGCAUGAUUUAUUCAACCAUCAACACACCAAUCGCAUCAACUCUCCCCAUCACUACCCAGCCAGCUUCUGUGCUGCGCCCCAUGCUCCGAGGCCUGUAUAGACCCUAUGCCCCAGGUGGUAUUACAGCUGUCCCUCUGGCCAGCCUGACCAGAGUGCCUCUAGUUGCUCCCAGGAUCCCCCUUGCAUCCCAAGGUCUGUAUCGUUAUCCAGUGCCCGGCAGACUCCCAACGGCUCCCACAUCUUCAGUAAUGGAAACACCAAUGUAUUUGGGGAAGCCUGUUAGCACCCUUGCGGCCAGCACUGCUGCCAGUAGCGUAAGCCCAGCACCAGUUUCCAGGCCCUCAGCUCCAACUGCUGUCCCCUUGCAACGGCCUGAGCAGAAAGGCACCCGAGAGGAGGCUGCUGCAGUGACUUCUGGGGUGCAGAGUACUGUCAGGGAUGCCAGCCAAGCACAGCAGCAGCAGCAGCAGUACCAGCAGCAGCAGCAGCAGUACCAGCAGCACCAGCAGCAGCAGCAGCAGCAACCACCACUGCCGCCACCUCCACCACCACCACCACCACCACAAAUACCAACCCAGAAACAGCAGGCCGAAGCUACCCAGCCCAGCAUUGCCAGCAAAGCAGCCACAGAAAGGGAAGAAAAGGAGAAGGAGGAAGAGAGGCAGAGGAAGCAGCAGGAGCACAUCCUCCAGUUUGAGAGGGAGAGAGUUGAGCUGGAGAAACUGAGGCAGAUGAGACUGCACGAGGAGCUGGAGCGGGAGCGGGUAGAGUUGCAGAGGCACAGAGAGAAGGAGCAGCUGAUGAUGCACAGGGAGAUCCAGGAGCUGCAGUCCAUAAAGCACCAGGUCCUGCAACAGCAGCAGGAGGAGCGCCAAGUCCAGAUUGUGCUGCAGCGGGAGCAGCUGGCCCAGCAGCGCUUGCAGCUGGAGCAGAUCCAGCAAUUGCAGCAGCAGCUGCAGCACCAACUGGAGGAGCAGAAGAGGCAGAAGAGCACCUUCCCUCCCGUCUGUGACCCAUCGGGGAGGAUCCCUCCCCAGGCCGCGUCAGAGAUCACCAUAGAAAUGCAGCGGACCCUUGCUCAAAAUGGGCAAUACUGGCCACCCAUGAACCAAGCAUUUAUAGCUAAUGCGGCCCCAGGGCAAGACGGGCAAGGGCAGCCUCGCUAUCCUGGACUCCAGAGGCCUCUCACCAACUCAGCCUCUGAAAUGUCCCUGCAGACCGAAGACCAGUGGGAAGCCAGUCGGGGGAUCAAGAAGCGGAACUCCAUGCCACGCCUCCGGGAUGCAUAUGACAAGGAGCCAGGCCACGAGCCCUAUGUUGCCGUGAAGAAGAUCACAGACAGCAGUGUGCAGACGGAUGAUGAAGAUGGGGAGGAGCGCUUCUAUGCAUCCCGCCGCCGGCGGACCCGGCGCAGCACCGACUGCAGCGUGCAGACGGACGAGGAAGACAAUGGCGAGUGGGAGCAACCCGUGCGGCGCCGACGCUCCCGCUUUUCGCGGCACUCAGACUCCAGCGCGGAAAGCAAGCCAGACUCUUUGGCCAAAGGAACGGCCAGCAUAGCCAUCCAGACCAUCAGUGACUGCUCUGUGCAAACCGAACCCGACCAGCUCCACCGAGUGUCCCCUUCCAUCCACAUCACCACCCCUGACCCCAAGGUGGAGAUCGUGAAGUACAUCUCUGCCCCUGAGAAGACCCAGCGAGGAGAGAGCCUGGCUUGCCAGACGGAGCCGGAAGCCCAGCCACAGCCAGGCAUCGUGAUCCCCCAGCUCACUGUGCCUACGACGAUUACGCCUUACUCCUCCAACAUCCAGAUCGUAAGCACAGGCCCCCUGGAUCCCCACUCGGUCCGACAGCAGGCCUUGGGGAAGAAGAAGCCCGACCCACUUGAAAUUGGCUACCAGUCCCACCUGCCGACAGAUUCCUUGUCUCAGCUGGUGUCUCGUCAGCCUCCCAAGUCCCCCCAGGUGCUCUACUCCCCAGUCUCGCCCCUGUCCCCACAUCGGCUGCUAGAGUCAUCCUUCACAACCAGCGAGAGGCUCAACAAGGCCCACGUGACCCCGCAGAAGCACUUCACAGCCGACUCCACCCAGCGCCAGCAGACCCUACCUCGCCCCAUCAAAACCAUGCAGCGAUCCUUAUCUGACCCCAAGCCCAUCAGCCCAACAUCUGAGGAGUCUGCAAAAGACAGGUUCUCCUUGUAUCAGCAUGCGUUGCUUCCUGGUAGCCAGAUGUCAACCCUGCAGUCAAACACCCUCAUUCGGAAAGUGAAACGGACGCUGCCUAGCCCCCCGCCGGAAGAAGCUCAUCUCCCUCUGACCAGCCAAGCUCACUCACAGAUGUACAUGCCGGGCCUCAUGCAGAAGGGUGUGGCAGGGCCAGCCAUUCAGGUGACAAAGGCCAGCCUCCUCAAAGACAUUGACCGCGACUUGAAGCUAGUGGAGCACGAGUCCACAAAGCUGCGGAAGAAACAGGCUGAGCUUGAUGAAGAAGAAAAGGAGAUUGAUGCCAAACUGAAGUACUUGGAACUGGGGAUUACGCAGAGAAAAGAGUCUUUGCAGAAGGACCGGAAUGUCCGUGACUAUCCCUACCUGAGAUGCUUGGGGGAAAACAGGGAUUAUAUGUCUGACAGCGAACUCAACAACCUUCGACUCUCUGGCUACGAGAGUCUGACAAGGCCUAGUACUGCCCCUUCCAAUCAAUACACAGACUUUUCCAGUGCACAGUACACAUCAGCCUCCUCUUACACCCCAUAUCAGUACUCCUCAGGACAGGCUGCCCCACCAGGCCCAGCCGCAUUCCAGCAAGCAAGGUUUCAGCCUCCACACUACCCCCCAGCAAGCAAUGUCCCUGCACAGAACGGAUUCCAAGCAAGCCAGAUGCCUGCCUACCCUUCCCAAACGACAUACCAGAGUCACAGCUUUACUCCAAGCACCGGGUAUCAGUCUGAACAGGUUCUGCAAAGUCACCAAGGCUUCCGGCCACCUUACCAAGCACAGACCACGUAUCCCAGCCAGACACCUCUGCAGCCAGCGCAGAGCGCUCUUUUCCAGACCCACACGGACACACACACCACCUCCCAGAAACCGCGGCAGACAUCACUAGCUGACCUCGAGCAGAAAAUGCCCACCAAUUACGAAGUAAUAGGCAACCCCACGGUGGUCAUCUCAGCCGCAACUCCGGAAGUGACGUACAGCACCACAACUGUGACCAGCAGCUAUGACCAGUACAAGCCUCCAGAAGGAAGGCUGAUGGACAGGAGCGGCGUAGCCCAAAGUCCCUCAACCAGCUAUUCCUCUGACUCCCUGUACACCAACCUGGAGCAGAACAUUCCUCGGAACUAUGUGAUGAUUGAUGACAUCAGUGAACUAACCAAAGAGAGCAGCUCAGCAGAGGGCCAAAAAGGAGAUUUGCAGUUGCAGAGCAGCAAUGGGCGAUAUAUGAAAGAAAAGAGUGACUUGACAGACACAGAUGUCUCCAGCAGGCCUUGUUGCUACCCAAAGGGAGAAGAGUCAGAGGAGGACAUGUAUGAUCACCACGGCCCUGACCACCGUGGGAGAGGCUACCAUAGGGGCCCAGAGAGCAAUGGGAGGAUGUCGGGUACCUCCAGCUCCUACUACUAUGGGGACAGUGAUUACAGGCACUCCACUCGCCCAGACAAGCCUGGGUCCACCAUGGCGGUGCAGAAGCAUUCUUCCAAAAACUUGGCCCCAGCUGUCAUCUCUUCCAAACGCAGCAAACAUCGGAAACAAGGUAUGGAGCAGAAGAUCUCGAAAUUCUCCCCUAUAGAAGAGGCAAGAGAUGUGGAAUCAGACCUGGCCACUUACCCAGCAACCACGUCAGUCAGCAGCAGCAGCGUGGCAUCCAGAGCGAAGAAGAUGCAAGACGACAUCACAUACGGCCUCAAAAAAAAUGUAUAUGAACAGCAGAAGUAUUACAGCGGGUCUGCCAGGGAUGCAAUGGAAGAAGAUGACAGGGCAUACAGUGGCGGGCGGUCGAGGUCCUCUGGUUAUGUGUCGGACAGAAUGUCGAGCCGUGAGAUCAGGAGCAGGUCCUACGAGAGAGAGAGCAUGGAGAGGCCUCAGAGAGGCAGCUCCAAACCUUCUUCCCUUAGCAUGAGUCAAAGUCGCGGGCGACCUCCAAUUCGCACACAAACCUCGGAAGAAGAGAGCCCCAUCAGUCCUUUGGGGAAGUCCAUGGGCGUAUCGCGGUCCUCGGGUGGGCCUCUCCCUCAGUCCGCUGGGGACAGCUGCUCUCAGUUCUGCUCCAGUCACUCAUUGCCUGAUGUACAAGAACAUAUCAAAGAUGUGCCAAGAACCCACUCUUACAAGCACGAAGAAGGUUACAUCAUGGAUGAUUCACACUGUGUUGUUUCAGACAGUGAAGCCUAUCACUUGGGUCAGGAGGAGACAGACUGGUUUGAUAAGCCGAGGGAACCUCGUUCGGAGAGGAUGAGGCAUUAUGGUGGCCACUCCUCAUCCUCCCAAAGGAGGGGUCCAGUUAAGCACACCUAUCACGACUAUGAUGAACCCCCGGAUGAAGACAUGUGGCAUCACGAUGACUACUCUCACCCGCGGCACUCCUCUUCCAAAGAACACAGGCACCAUGGAGACUAUGGGAGACAUUCGGCCUCCUCCCGGCACUCCACCGAUGACCUGCCCAAGAGGUCAUCCAGGCAACAUCCAAGAGAUGCUGGCCGCCACGAGUCACGCGGACAUGGGCAACCCUCUUCCCAGAAGAAGGCUCAGCAGGCCGAUGUAAGAGCGCAGCCAGGUUAUCCUUCCAGCUCCUCAGAGUACUCCCAGCAGUCUCGGCAGCCGUCGGGCUACCAUCAAACCUCAGAGUCCCAAAAAUCACAGAGGCAGGUGCAACAUGGGCCGCCAUCUCAGCAGCCAAAAUCGGAGCCUCUUUCGCAUCAACAGCAGCAGCAGCAAGCGAGGCAGCAGCAAGUUGGGCAGCAGCAGCAGCAGCAGCAGCAGCCGUCAUCCAGGCAGCAGCAGCAGCCGUCGAGCAGACAGCCUCAGCAGCAGCAGCAGCAGCAAGCAGCUCCCUCACAACAAUCUUCUCAGCAACAGCAACAGCAAGCUAGGGUGCAGCAGCAACAACAACAGCAGCCACCGCCAGCAGGAACCCAAGCCCAGCCCUCCUCACGGCCAGCCCAACAACAGCCUGGCCAAGCCCAGCCAGCAGGCAAACCCCAAUCUGCCCUCCAAGCACAACCUGGCACUCACCCAGCGGGACCAUCUAAAGCAGAGCAGACGGAUGCAUCCAAACCUACCACAAAAGUGCCACAGGUGGGGAAAGCACCCCAAACACAGCCACCGGGAGCAGCAGCAGGAGGCAUUAAGAUAGGUCCCAAACCAGCAGGUGCACCCACUUCUGCAGGGGCAGCGACUGGACUGCCAGGAGCUGAGGGAGAGAGCGUCUUCUCCAAAAUUCUGCCAGGAGGGGCAGCUGAACAAGCAGGCAAAUUGACAGAAGCUGUGUCAGCUUUUGGCAAGAAAUUCACAUCAUUUUGGUGAGAGAACAUCACUGGGAGUUUGGGAGAAUAAAUGGAGAUCUCAUCAUUGCACUGGAAAAACCUAUGAAGAAUCCAUUGGAAUUCAGUCUGCCGCACCAGACUCUGGGUAUAACAAGAGCUCACUGAAAGGACUGCAUGCUUUUUGAUUUGAGGGGGAAAUUGAACUUAUCCCAGCUGAGCUUUUGAAACCAUGGAAAACCGCUAGGCUGCGAGAUGGAAGGUGGAAGAGAUCUUUACGGAGAAGUUUGCCAGUGGAUCCCAUAAGAAGCUCCUUGAGGACAUCUGAGCCAACUGUCGCAAACGGCUUUCAGAAGCCGCCUGCUGUCAACUCCACGGUGUUCGUUGCAUGAGCCCCAAGGGGUGAAGGCAGACGCUUAGUCUGAGAAGAUGUACAUAAAAGACGUUUACAGAACAUGGCCCGGUCCCAGCUUGUCACACAGACUGGCCACUUCCCUGAUCCUGGAGGGAAGGUCUGGGGCUCCAGAAACUACUUCCUGCGGUGGUUCCAUUUGUGCCUAAGGUCUAAUGUUGGGAGCCAUGGCCCUUUCUUGAGAUUAUACGCAGAGUUUUCUCUAUUACUGAAUUUGAACUCUAGAAUCUUCAUAGGUUUUUCCCCACUCUCCAAGAUGUGCUUGAGUCGAGGGCUGGGAGCUGGAGGCUCUGCUCUUCACAUUCCAGUUUGCCCUGCCGGUCGCUCCACCUGCGCAGUGUUUGUUCCCUCUCAUCCUCCCUGCAAUGGAAAGCAUGGGAUGAAGAGAACUUCGACUAGGACCUAACACUGUUUCACCACUGAGAUAAGAGGCCAUAGGACUCUGAAAGGCAGUGCAAACUGGCUGACUAUUGACUGAAGCAAAUGCUGGCCAGGCAUGUCUAUCAGCCACCCCAAAGCCAUCCUGAAGCCAUUCUAAAGCAUUCAAAUGGCAGUGCUUUCCGUUGUUAGUGUUGUGCAUUGUUUUAUGUAUGCCUGGGGAUUAUUUUUAUUUCAAAAACAGCCUUAAUCAUUCCACUUUUAUUUAUGCGUAUACCUCAUCAGCACCCAGCAACUGGGGGUUUGGAUUUAUUUUAAAAUUUUGGUUGUGUUUUUUUUUUGUGAGGUUCUUUUUUGUUCUCGGUUUUUUGUUUUUUACUUUGUAUCGAACAUACUGUUUUUCCUCUUUGCUUUGUCCUGCGUUAGCACAUGGACUGUUGUCGGUAGAAGCAAUAGAGUGCAGAAGGCUACAAAAAAGAGCACAAUCCAGUGUGAUGAGAUCAGGAGAGCUUGCCUCUGCCAUCCUCCUUCCUACUACUACUGUGCAAUUCAAGUCCUUCUUAAGCCAUUACCAGUGGGCAUGCUCAGAACGAAGGAGGAGCUCCCUGGGGGGCAGGAUGUCACUGAACCUGCUAGCGAGGAGCUCCUGGCACUGUUACCCGUGAGAGCCGAAUGAAAACCCUGUGAAACGGCUCCUCUUUUCCUUUGCUGCAAAGAAUCCAGCAAGGGUAUGGAUGCUCCGGCUCCCAUUUGUCUGCACUGUCUGUUUCCUGCCCGUCUCUCGUCCACACUGAGCAUGCUCAAGAGCAACAAUUCAUUGGUGUGACCCAUAGGAGCUUCCAUUCACCGUGGGUAACAGCAAAAUGAUUCUCAUGUCUAAUGUUCUAUGCAAUGAAAUAACAAAACAAAAAAAGUUUAAAAAACAACUGUUAAUAUUUAAUAAGUUCAAUGUUAUGUAUAAGGAUUUAAUUGCAAAUGUGCUAUUGAGAAACUGGAUAGGUAUCUUUAUAUCGAACACCUGUGCGUAUGAAGUUUUCAAUUAGUGGCAUGCUUGACCCAUCCGAGGGACACUUUUGCCAAAGGGUAGCCAUAGAGCCGGUGACUGUCUCUGUCUGUUGUAGAGCAUGGCUUGCUACUUCUCUGCACGGUUUCAUCUAUUUAGAAUGCUUGCCGUUCUUUGCUUGAGGUUUUUUUUCCUUUCUCUCUCUCUCUCUCUCUCCAGUUGGUUCAUCUUCACUUCAGAACGCCAUUAGCAGAUUUAUGCACUUGUUAUUGAAGGCCUGUCAGUGACACCAUGAAGAGUAAUUAUCCUGCAGAAUGUAAAACCAGAUGUUUCCCAUGGAACUCCAUUCACUAUCAGUCCUUUGCCACAUCCUUCCCUGGAGUAGCCAUUAGUGUCCAGUUCAAGGGGCUUCCUGGGCUUUCUUGAGACCUGAAGCACAUUCCUCCUGGCUGGCCAAAGAAAAUAGGAAGCCAAAAUUCUAUCUUGGUUUGAGAGCACCACAGGCUGAGGGAGGUGUUCCAAGACUCAGCUACCCCAAUAAAUUCUGCAUGGACAAUUGGAGCAGUGUGGCAUCAGAUAGUGUAAAGAAAGCAUCUCAUUCCCCUCCCCUAAGUUCAGAACCUGGGAAACAGCAGUGAUGUCUGCUGUUCCCACAAGCACAAUGUUAAUGAACAAAGACCUACUAAACCACAGCUCCCGACAAUGUGAGGGUGACAGCCACUGAGCGGUGCAGUUUAAACUGAAGUAGGUUCCAGAAUAGAGACCGUUCCAACUAACUUCCACCAUACCAAGCACCCUUGGUGCAAUGUUGGUGCUAGGCCUUUUCCUCCAUGGUUGGACUCAAAGGCAGAGCUCUGCAAAAGUUGGAACAAAACUGUAUGAGCUUUUCCUGACAGAGGAGAAGGGGAAAGGUUAAGAGGCAACUACCUCUGUUACACGAGAGGUUCUUGCAAACACAGAAGUUUGUGACAUUUUAAAGAGAACCUGACAGAUCAGUGAGUCUAAGGGCCACGUCACCCAUUUUGCAGAGGCAAACCUGGGUACCAGCUGGACACUCAAGGAGCAGCAACUCACCAGGACUCCCUGACUCGUAUUCCUGGUCUAUUUGAUACUUAAAACACACUUGCAAAUGUGUUUCAUGCUUUCACACUUUUCUAUUUUAUGUGAGCGCUUAAAAAAAGGAGCAUGCUGAAAAAGGAAUGUAUGCUGUGGCCCUUAGGCAGCUGGGGGUCGGAAUCACAUGAGCUCUCUACAGUAACUAAUCCAGGUCUGCAUUAUUUUGAUAUAAGCCUUAAUGUUACAAGAGACUCAUGUGAACAGCUAGCAUAUAGUGUGGUUCAUCUUCUAACUAAAAAGAAAAGAGGACUGUGACACAAUAAGCAAAACUGUAAAGGCAGACAUGCUUGCAUGGUUCCCACGGAGUGCACUUAGGGAAGACUCACACUUUGCAAUGUCUUUGGCCAGCAGUGGCCUCUCCUUGUCAUCUUAGAGAGAACAUUCACACAGCAAUUGCCUGCGCUCCUAGUUUGUCACUAUGGUGCCCAACUAGAGAUCUGGCCAAAAGCCUUAGAAAAGGCAGGUCCCUUUUUGCCUGGGACACCUAUGCAAUGAGAGCCUGAGGGAGGACACAGUCAUCCAUGAUGGGGGCCAGGGUCAAAGUCUACAGGGUAGAAGCUAGACGGGCAAUGCAACUGCACCUGAUGCCCGAAUGGGUCUGGUGCAUCUGGUGCAGGCAUGAUGUUGAGUUUUAAGGAAGGUCUGUUGAUGGUAGUUCAGUCGUUUGCUAAGAACCAAGCUUCUCAGUCAAGAUGCAGAUAUUCUGCCUACACAACCUUUGGCACUAUCUUCCCCUCCUGCUCUGGUACCAUUGACUGACCUCUAAGCCUUAAGCUAUUCCUUCCCAUGGAUUACAAGGUGGGGAAACAAAAUAAAAAAAUUCCUUCAGUAGCACCUUAAAGACCAACUAAGUUUUUAUUUUGGUAUGAGCUUUCGUGUGUAUGCACACUUCUUCAGAUACACUGAAACAGAAAGUUAUCAUAUGUAUGUAGACUAGAGGUUGUCUUCUAAAGUAGCCAAGUCAGGGUAUUUUACCAGUGUGGAAUGCUUUGUAGAACAAAGGCCAAUCAUUUGAUACAGCAUUUGGCUUAGGAUGUGGAAAUUCAUGCAGGAGAUAAAGGCAGAGGCCAUGCUUUCAAGCUGGCUGCCUCUUGAAUUCCUUGCACUGUUGAAUUGGUUACUCUACUAAUAAAAGCAUAAGCAGGUACUUGGGCCCUACCUCACUGUGCUGUUUCAUUGGAGGAGACCAGAAAAUAUCACCUUGGCUUCAGAAAAUGCUAGUUGAGUUUUCCAUGGGCAAGGAAACUGCACACUCUCCUUGUUGGCAAUCACCCAUUGUAAGGAUCCAGUUUUGGAAGCAGUUUGCGUACCUGUUUGGUUCAUCUUGGAGUUGUGGCCGCCAUAGCAGUCAUGGAGUUUAUGGAUCUUUCUGAUGAUAGACAGACUGGUAAUAAUUCCAAGUAGAAGGGGUGGCACCUACUCAUAGUGGACCUACAUCCAGGAUGGAAGGCUUGAUUGCUAAGCAUAUGUUCUUGGCAGCUGCUUCAGCUAGGAUGGCAAGCUGGGGUAGAGACUCCCAAAAUGGAGAUUUGCUUCCAACUUGAGUCAAACAAGGCAUUUGGUAGCAACAACUGCAUGUUUCUCCACCCAGCUCCUUCCCUGCCACUCAGGCCUCCCCUGUCGUCCCCCCCCAAAAAAAAAUAUACAAAGGAUUACCCACAAUGACAAGUGCAAAAUCUGAGGAUGCUUCUUCAGGGCUCUAGGUUGAAUUUGUGUCCCCUACAGGUUUUCUCAACAGUGGCUGCUACAACCUCCCUCCCUCCCUCCCUUCCAUUGUAAAUAUUUGUACAGUGUGUAAAAUAAUAAAACUAAAUUAAAAAUCUCAUGUGGUAUGAAGAAAAAAAAAGAAAAACUACAACUCACAGGCCCCUUUUCAGGGGCUCCAUCUCACCAACCAGCACACCUGCCAACUCUUGCUUUUGUGUACAAAAGAUCAACAAACAAAGCCUGGUGUUUGUGACUGGCUCCUUUGGACUGUUCCUCUUCUUGCAAAGCAUAGCAGAGUCUUGUAGAGUUGUUGUGGCUGUCACAUGACAUGUACCUUUCAUGCCCUCAUCCUGCCUCCCAUGUAUCUUGAGUUGUUCCCUUAUCUCUUUUUUAUUUUUAUUAUCUUGGAGGCAGGAGGGGUUCUGUAUAAAAAUUAUUUGGGGAAAAAAAUACCAACCACCACCCAUCAAACAAAAGAAGAAGUUUACAGUUGUAAGUGCAAUGACCUAAAUCCUUUAUCUGAACAUUGUAAAUGAUGUGUGUGUCCUGCUGUGCUCUGUGAGAACUUGUAGUAUUUCAGUGUACCACCUCAUGUAUUGUGAUUCCGUAUGGGAAGUUGCCCUACAAGGUAUUUCUGUGGAAAACAGA